UACCAUAAUACUGCGUACGGCUUUGGUCGUCUGAUGUUUUGUUGGUGGAAAAAUACCACCAAAUCUCACAGACAGUCUUUAUUUUUAACAGAUGACCACUUUAUUAGCUUCUAAACAACUAUUUGGACCGGAUUAGAUCCGUCUACGAGCUGUUUGAAGCAGUAUUGAAAUCAUGACGAUAGUUAUGCGUGGAAGCCCAGCUGGAGGGGAUUCCCCUCAAGAGAAUUCCCCUCCUCAGACAGGCCAGGCUCCCCAACAACAACAGCCAACAACACAACAGCCACAACAACAACAACCCCCGACUUCACAACCAUCACAGACACAACAGCCUCCUAAAGAAGCUCUACCCCAGCAGCAACAGCAGCAGCAGCAACAACAACAGCAGUCCACAAGUGGAGGUCCAAGUCAGAUUGCGACCCAGCAUGAUGAAGGAGGUCAAGGUGAUGGAAUAGUGGUGCCUCCUGAUGACCAAGAACCUGAAUUCCCCCACGUGGAGUUGGCAAAACUAGAUGAAAUGAUUAACCGACCUCGAUGGGUUGUUCCAGUGCUGCCGAAAGGAGAACUUGAAGUUCUUCUGGAAGCUGCAAUUAAACUGAGCAAAGAUGGAUUGGAUGUAAGAAGUGAGGCUUGUCAAAGAUUCUUUCGUGAGGGUCUUACAAUAUCUUUCACAAAGAUUCUCACAGAUGAAGCUGUCAGUGGAUGGAAAUAUGAGAUACAUAAAUGUAUUUUGAAAAAUGCUGAGAAACUAAUAGAACUCUGUGUGGCUAAAUUAUCACAAGACUGGUUUCCUCUCUUGGAUCUUCUGGCCAUGGUUUUCAGCCCUCAGUGCAAAUUCCACACUUACAAUGGAACUCGGCCGUCAGAGAGUGUACCAGCUGGAACCCAACCAUCGGAGGAAUCUCUGUUUGCAAGACCUCCAGACCCAAGAACUCCAAGGGGUUGGUUGGUUGACUUGGUAAACAAGUUCGGAGGCCUAGAAGGCUUUCAGAUUCUUCUGGACAGAUUCAUCAAAGCUCCAGCUCUCUCCGUACCAAUUAUUGCUGCACUUAUUAAACCAUUUGGACAGUGUGCUGAGGUACUGACACCACACACUGUACAGAAAUACUUCAUGCCCAUUGUGGAUAUUGUACCAAAGUUUCUUGAUAAACUGACUGAUGACGAACUAAAGAAAGAAUCAAAGACUGAGGCAAAGAAUGAUGCUCUGUCAUCAAUCAUCAAAGCCCUGAAACAGCUUGUGUAUCGACUCCCCAACCAGGAUGAGACAAUCAAAGAACUGGAGAUAUUUAGACUCAAGAUGAUACUGAGACUGCUGCAGAUAUCAUCGUUCAAUGGCAAGAUGAAUGCACUUAAUGAAGUGAACAAGGUGAUAACCAACGUGUCAUUCCAUGCUAGUCGCCAUACCCAGGUAGAGGAGGAUGAGUGGCUAACUGCGGAGAAAAUGGCUGAAUGGAUUCAGCAGAACAACGUACUGUCAAUAGUUCUCCGCGACAGCCUGCAUCAGCCCCAGUAUGUGGAGAAGUUGGAAAAGAUUCUCCGCUUCAUGAUCAAGGAGAAGGCUCUUACCAUGGAGGACCUGGACCGGUUGUGGGAGGCCCAGUCAGGGAAACAUGAUGCUAUUGUGAAGAAUGUUCAUGACCUGCUGGCCAAACUGGCAUGGGAUUUUACCCCCGAACAGCUGGACCAUCUGUUUGAGUGCUUCCAGGGUAGCUGGAAUAAUGCUACUAAGAAACAGCGUGAGAAGCUCCUUGAGUUGAUCCGCCGUCUUGCCGAGGAUGACAAGGAAGGUGUGAUGGCCCACAAGGUUCUCACUCUGCUGUGGAACCUGGCCCACAGUGAUGAUGUCCCCACAGAGAUCAUGGACCAAGCUCUCACUGCUCAUAUCAAGAUCCUAGAUUACAGCUGCUCUCAGGACCGAGAUGCUCAGAAAAUGCAGUGGAUCAACAGGUUUGUAGAGGAGCUGAAGAAUGACAAGUGGGUGUUGCCGUCACUGAAGCAGAUUCGGGAGAUAUGUCAGCUGUUCCCUGAAGCUCCACAGAACUUCCCCCACACACAGAGGUCUCCACACAUGUACUAUAGGAACAGUGUCAUUGGUCAGCUGCAGAAUCAACAUUCAAUUGUCAUGCUUGUUUCUCAAAAUCUCUCUGCAUACAUGAACAAAGCCAGACAGCAUAACAAAGAACAUCCAGAAGAGGAGCCUCUUCAUAUUCUACCCGAUGGAAGAUUCAAUCAUGUCAUGCAGGUGCAAGAAAGACUAAGAUUUCUCAGAUUCCUGCUGAAAGAUGGGCAGUUAUGGUUGUGUGAACCCCAAGCAAGACAGAUCUGGCACUGUUUGGCUGAGAAUGCAAUUUACAUCACAGACAGGGAGUCAUGUUUCAAAUGGUUUGCAAAGUUGAUGGGAGAAGAACCAGAUCUGGACCCUGAAAUCACGAGAGAUUUCUUUGAGAGGAACAUUCUCCAGCUUGACCCAGCACUGCUCACAGAAAAUGGAAUGAACUGUUUUGAAAGAUUUUUCAAGCAAGUAAAUCUGAAGGAAAACAAGCUGAUUGCCAAACGAAGAGGAGGUCACAUGAUGGAUGACCUGGAGUUGAUAGGACUGGAUUACAUGUGGCGGGUUGUGCUCUGGAGUCCAGAUGAAGUUGCUGAAAAAGCAAUCGCUCUUUUGAAAGACAUUUUUACCAACCUUGGGCCAAGGUUACAACAGAAUCAAAUUGAGAUUCAUGAGGACUUUAUACAAUCAUGUGUUGAUAGACUAAAAGCCUCGUUUGACACAGUGAGUGUGUUGGAGAAGGAUGCUGAUAGCACCAGUAGGGUGAUGCAGGAGACAAUACGCAUGGUGAGGAUUCUCACAGUGUUGAAGGAGUAUGUGGCAGAGUGUGAUGAAGCUUAUGGGGAGGAACGCACCAUUCUUCCUCUCAGCAGAGCAUGUCGUGGCAAACUAGUAACUCUAAAAGUUAGGUUCCCCAAUCAGGGGAGACAAGUUGAAGAUCUGGAGGUAUGGUCUCACAGCAAUGAUACAGUUGGCUCAUUACGGAGAUAUAUCUUAUCAAGAGUCAAGGCCAAUGCAAACAACAUCAAAGUGGAUCUCUAUGUCAAUGGUGAACAGCUGGACCCAAGUGAAGACAAGAAACUAAUUUCACAGAUUCCACUUCGAGACAAGAUGACUGUAACAGCCAAGCUGGUUCAAGUUGGGAGCAACAUGCCCUCCAGUCCAGACAGUAGCUCGGACAGCUCUGUUGGGUCGCCCCACAACGCCUAUGAUGGACCCAAUGUGGAGGCUGAAAACAGCCUGCCAGGAGUGCUGAUGGCUCAAGACCCUCGAUAUGCUCAGUUUCUCUUCCAACUGUCUGACCUGGGUGGUCAGCUGCAAGUACCAAAACUACGAGAUACAGCCAGAGCAGUACUCAAGCUGAUGCCCGCUGACGGGACAACUGUUCAGAAAUUCCGAGCAAUUUGUUCUGAAAAUGCCAAGGCUGAUGGAACUGUGGCAGUAACCCUUGAAGCAUUGUUCUUCAAUUCUUCUCCUACUCAAGUGCUCUAUAAUAUUGAGACUGCUUACAGUUUGCUGAUGCCUGCAGUGGAUCCAUUGGUUGAAGAGGCUUUUGAGUUUCAGUUGAACUUUGUGAGGAGCGGAGGUGUUCAGCUUUCCAUCAACAUGCUGACCAAGAACAACUUUUUGCCAAAUGCUGACCUGCCAACACGAAGAGCUGCAUACCUGACUGUUCUGAAGGUGUGUAAGUUGAUGCUGACGACGGUGGGUCAUGCGAAGGUACAGGUUGUGGUGGAUGCUUGUCACUCCGAGUCCCAGGUGCCAGCUGUGUCUGUCGUGGAGCACAACCAGGCUGCAGCAUUACAACAGGCUCUGCUACAUAUUCCCAGUCCUGAUGCAGAGUUCACCACCAGAAAUGUGGCAUUGAGACUUGGGCAGAAUCUAGGAGAACAGGCCACUGGUGUGUUACCAGACUUGGCGACAGUGAAGUCCAUACAGAAGAUAGCCUGGGCAGCUAGUAGCUGUUCUCUUCAUCUUGUCCACGCCUCAAUAGAGGAUAUACAUAGAGCACAUGAGAAACCUAAAGACUGCAUGCCCUCUGACAUGGAGGAUAUCGGAGUGGCUCGAGAAGCCCUAGAAGUGCUGACAGUGUGUCUGGCGCUGUUCCCUGCAGCACUGGAUGCUCUACACAAGGACAAGGCCUGGCAGUGCUUCAUCAUUGAUCUGCUGCUCCUCUGUAGAAGCAGUCGAUCUGUGAGGAUCUGUGCCUCUGACCAGUUUUUCCUGAUGGCCACACGAUGCAGUACAAGUCACAGACCCCAGCAUUUCAUGAUUACUCUGCUCUUCACAGUUCUGUCGACAACUGCAAAAGACAAUGCAAAACAGUCACAUGAGUAUUUUCAGCUUUUAUGUAGAUUAUUAAGUUAUGCAUUUGCGAGUGAAGCUAGUCUCUCUACAGCAGAAGCGUUGCUGAAUAAUGAAAUAGCAUGGUUGAAAAAAGUCAGGGACUAUGUGUUGAAUGGUUCCGAGGUGCAGACAGAAGAGGCGUUACUUGAGGGGCACUUGGGCAUCACACGAGAGCUCCUUGCGUUCCAGUCCCCAGAGAAGAAAUUCAACAUUGGCUCAGAGAAGGGAGGAGCUAAUCUCAUCAGGGAAAUAGUAGAAGAUUUUAUCUUCCCAGCAUCCAAGAUAGUCUUACAGUGUCGCAAAUUGAAUGGUGAUUUUCCGGCAGAGCAGGCUGUGCCUGUCUGCUCUUCCCCCGUGACUGUGAUAGCAGCUUUUGAUCUCCUGGUAGCGCUGUGCACUGGCUGCGUGCACAACCUGCGCUUCCUUGCCGCCAUGAUCAUUGAUAUGUAUUAUACUAAUGAGACCCCAUUGUCAGAGUGGGAGUACUUACCACCCGUUGGGCCAAGGCCAUCCAAAGGCUUUGUUGGUUUGAAGAAUGCUGGUGCAACAUGUUACAUGAAUUCUGUAUUACAACAAUUGUUUAUGAUUGAGCCGAUCCGCAAUGGUAUUCUUGGUGUGGAGGGUGCAGCUGAUGACAUUGAGGAAGAGUUCAUGAAUGAUGAAAAAGCAGAAGGGGAGACAAAUGUUGACAUAAGUGAGGAGGAGAAGAAGGACGAUGACAAGGGGAACAAGGUGGAGGAGAGGAAGGACUAUCACAUGGGGGUUCUCAAACAGAUCCAGGUCAUCUUCGGGCAUCUCGCCGCAAGCAGACUGCAGUAUCAUGUACCAAGGGGCUUCUGGAAACACUUCAAAUUAUGGGGAGAGCCGGUCAACCUGAGAGAGCAACAUGAUGCUUUAGAAUUCUUCAACAGUCUAGUCGACAGCUUAGAUGAGAGUUUAAAAGUUUUAGGACAACCAAUGGCAAUGACAAAGGUUUUAGGAGGAUCGUUUGCUGAUCAGAAGAUUUGUAAAGAUUGUCCUCAUAGGUAUCAAAGAGAAGAAGCUUUCACAACUCUGAAUGUAGAUAUUAGGAAUCAUCAAAAUCUGUUUGAGUCUCUAGAACAGUACGUCAAAGGAGACUUGUUAGAAGGUGCCAACGCAUAUCACUGUGAAAAAUGCAACAAGAAGGUUGAUACAGUUAAAAGACUUGUGAUAAAGAAACUGCCAAAAAUCCUGGCCAUCCAGUUAAAGAGAUUUGACUAUGACUGGGAAAGGGAAUGUGCAAUCAAGUUCAAUGACUACUUUGAGUUUCCACGGAAAUUUGACAUGGAACCCUACACAGUUCAAGGUCUUGCCAAAAUAGAAGGAGAAAUAAUUGAUGGUGAUCUAGAUGAAAGUCCUCAGAGCACCAAGUACAAGUUGAUAGGUGUGGUGGUUCACAGUGGGCAGGCCAGUGGAGGACAUUACUACUCCUAUAUUCUACACAGGGGUGCUGCUGAUCCUCAUCCAAAGUGGUACAAGUUUGAUGAUGGAGACGUCACGGAAUGCAAGAUGGAUGAUGAUGAUGAAAUGAAGAAUCAGUGUUUCGGAGGAGAAUAUUUGGGAGAAGUGUAUGACCACAUGCUAAAAAGAUCUGCAGUUAGGCGCCAAAAGAGAUGGUGGAAUGCAUACAUUCUGUUCUACGAGAGGAUUGACGAAGAUGAAAAGGAAGAAACAUUGUCAAAAGAAUUGUUGAAACUCUCAUUAUCAAGUACAGUGUCACAUGUGAUGAUGCCGUCAGCCAUCGACAGACUUGUUCGGAAACAGAACAUCUUGUUCAUGCACGAGAAGAACCAGUUCUCCAUGGAGUACUUCCAGUUCAUGAAGAAACUUCUCACAUGCAAUCAUAUCACACUCAAUCAUGCCAUACAAGAGAAAAUGACACAGGAAGCAGAACAGAUAGCUAUGAUCAGUGUUGAGUUAGCAUCUAAAUUCCUCUUCAAUGUGGGCUUUCAUACAAAGAAAACACUCAGGUGCUCUGCUAGUGAAUGGUACGAUGCACUGCAUAUACACCUGAGAUACAGCAAGAGUGUUCGCAGCUGGUUUGCACACAAUGUGCUGUUUGCUCACCCAUCUAGAUUUGCAGAGUACUUACUAGAAUGUCCUAGUUCUGAGGUGCGGAGUGCAUUUGCGAAGAUUAUUGUGAUACUGGCACACUUCUCCUUGCAAGAUGGACCAUGUCCUCCACCCUUGGUACAGGGGCUGUAUGCUGCUGGCCAGGCUGCAGACCCCAAUGCCACAUUGAGUGAUCACCUGCUGGUGGCUGUGCUAGCUCUCAUGAGGAAGGAGGUGUCAGAACAUGGCAGACAUCUGCAGCAAUACUUCCACCUCUUCCUCAUGUACCUCAACCUCGGCAUACAGGAGAAACAACAGUUGCUUCGGCUGAAUGUGCCAGCUCAGUUUAUAAUGGUGGCUCUAGAUGAAGGUGCAGGUCCUCCCAUCAAGUAUCAGUACGCUGAACUCAGCAAACUCUACUCAGUAGUGUCUCAUCUAGUGCGAUGCUGUGAUGUGUCAGCAAGGUGUCAGUGCUCAGUCAAUGGUCAGCCUCCACUGCCCAACCCCCACGGUGACCAGCACUGUCCUCAGCCACUGAUGGAGAUCCAAUCUCAGGUGGAGGAGGUGCUGUUCGGUCGUACCAGCUACGUGAAGAAACUCAUAGAGGAGUGUAACAACACAGAGGACACCACCAAGCUGCUGAAGUUCUGUUGCUGGGAGAACCCUCACUUCUCUUCCACAGUUCUCAGUGAGCUUCUUUGGCAGGUUGCCUAUUCCUACACAUAUGAGCUCAGGCCAUACUUAGAUCUUCUCUUACAAAUGUUGAUGUUGGAAGACUCCUGGCAGAACCACAGGAUACACAACGCACUGAAAGGCAUCCCAGAUGAUAGAGAUGGGCUGUUUGACACAAUCCAAAGAUCAAAGAAUCACUACCAGAAGAGAGCGUACCAGUGUAUAAAGAUGAUGGUUGCACUCUUCACACAUUGUGCACCUGCUGCUCAGAUGUUACAAAGUAACGGAGAUCUCAAGCGAAAGUGGAGUGGAGCAGUUGACUGGUUAACAGAUGAGUUGGAGAGAAGACCAUACCCGGGAAAUGCACAGUACACAUACAAUAACUGGUCUCCGCCUGCCCAGUCAAAUGAAACAUCAAAUGGCUACUUCCUGGAAAGGUCACAGAGUGCAAGGAUCACACUAGCGAAGGCCUACGAGCUGUGCCCAGAAGAGGAACAAGAGGAAGGGGAGCUCACCGAUGAACAGGAGGUUGCCAACCAGGAAGACCCAGUUCCCGGAUUCCCCCAGCAACCUGGCAACCAGCCACAGCCUCAGCCGCAGCCGCAGCCACAGGGCUCUCAGCAACAGCAGCCACCCCAGCAGCAGCAGCAGCAACAACAACAAGCGCCCCAGCAACAACAACAAGCACCCCAGCCUCAACAGCAUGUGCAGAACAACCAGAUACACAUGCAACCAGUUGCACACCCAGUGCAGCCCAGUAAUCAGAUCAACAACCAGCUGAACCAACAGGGCCAGCAGCAGGCACCACCUCCAGGCCAACAACCACCACCCACAGACAAUCAGGAGAUGGGGGAGGAAGGGGGAGAGAACUCACACAGAGGCGUGAGCGAGUGAGUGGCUCUACUGUUACACGGGUGUGCUUUGUGAUAAUUAUUUGUGAUGGUCCUGUCUAGAAGGUGUGGACUGAGCUUUGUAUAGAAGGUCAAUGUCGAAGGUACUGUUUUCCCGAGGAGAGAAGCAAGGUUUCACUGAAUCUAAUCUGUGAUUUAAGCUUGACAAACUGUGCUUGACACCUGUCAGGAGUUUCAUCUGUUUUCCCAGUGAACGGAAGUGAUGGCCUUGGAAAGUUUCUGCCUUGUAUACCAUGGCAACCUCAAGUGUUUAUUAAUACAUUCAUGAGCUGGAUGGUCAGUAUCUGGUGAGGAAUUCGCUUGGAGUCCGAGUCCGAUAUGCAACUUCUUGUGAUAUGAAAUAUCCACGACAAGCAAGUUUCUUAAACUGGAUGGUACGAUAGCCUGAUGCCUGUACAAACAGAUCGUCAAUAUGAUAUCACCACAGACUAAUGUCUACAUGACACAGACAUCCUCCAAAUCGGUCUAUGCCAUGAUACAUAACAGGAUAUGCAGCCAAUCACAUACAGUUCUACCUAUAUACCAAGGAAGAAGGAAAUAGCAUCGACUGCCCUCAGUUUACCUAACCCUCAGCAUGCAGCUGAAAGUGAUUGCAAAGAUAACGUUGACAUCUACUCCUGAAUCCUGCAAUGUGAUAUUUAUGUGAUGGUCAAUGGUUCAGCUGUUUCCAAAUGCUUCAAUUGAAGGUCAUUUGUACAUUGUGGUAUAAGGGAGGUGUUAGUUUUGAAAUUGCAUGGCUGUUUGGGAAAAUUGAGCAUGUACAGGACAAACGUCAAAGUGUUUGAACAAGUUAUUGAGACAUUUAGUUAAUCAAAUCAUUUACAAACUUGCAAAUGUUUAUGUCAAAAAGUACUCAAAGAAUAUUUCAACUGCAUUUUGAAUUACAUGUUUUAUAGUAGUACACAACAGUAGAUACAUCUCGAAAGUAGAAAAAAGUGCAUCAAAGAUACUUACGAUGUUAGUUCAGUUUAGCUACAGUACAUUUUGUCCCAGUCAUUGAGUGUGGGCCCAGUCAAGUUUAGAGACAUCCUGAUCAGUACACACCAUUUAGCCUGUAGUUAAUCCAAGGCAUCUGUUUCAUAUGCAAACUCUCAUGAGGUACAAGUCAGUCUCCCAUCGGGUGACACAUGAAAAUAUCUUCAUUUAUUCCACAUGUUUGUAUGCUGAGGUUUGUUGUCGUGUUUAAUGAGUUGUUGCCACAGUGGUGCAGCUGAAGUCAUGAGUUAACCGAAUGUGUUGUGUCUGAGCUAGCUAGCUACAUGUGUGGUAUACAAGUGUACUAUAUGGAUGUAGUAGCAAGUGGCGAAUAUGUGGUUAGUAUUUAUGAACUUGUACAGUAAUUUCCCAAAUUAAUCUCCCUGAUGUUAAGCGGUCCAGACUGAGAUUUGAAUAAUCCAUAUUCAUGUAGACAUGCUGAUAUUUAUAACGUAUUUAUUUUUCAACAACAAUCUGAACGAGGAUGACUAAUUUGUUCUUGAUUUUUACAACAAGUGCUACCCGUAAUCCAACAGCUUUCUCGUUUGAUUUUGCAGAAAGUGCUCCUAUUACUUGGUUCUAAUACUGCAGUUUGAGUUUAAGUUCUAGUAAAUUUGAUUUGAAGCCAAGACAUACAUACAUUAUGUGCCAUAUUACAAGGGGAAGUAACUCCAGAUGAUAUGGAAGUGAUGUGGAUAUUUUCAUAAGCAAUACGUAGAUAGGCCAUUGUUGUUGUAUGUGUUAAAUACGAUGAUCAUUUGUUGAUAAGAAUCAAAAGCAUGUUGCAGAUAAGUAAUCUAUUUCUGCAGUAUUCCCUGUCUUCAACUGUCACCAGAUAGACUGUAUCCCUGUAGCCAUGGUAACCAUGUCAGCAUGAACAACAUUUUUCACCAUCUUUGCUCUCUUAUCUUCAGUCAUUUCUAGAGAAAUGUGGAUCUAAAAUGGCAGACCCUGAGUAUUUGAAAUCUGAGCAGUUUUCUGCAUGUUGACAAAGUUUCACUCUUGAUUUGCAUGAUAAUCAUUCCUGUGUGUGCCCUCACAAUCACCUCUGCCUUGUGAGUCAUGUCACAACCGGAGUCUACAGAGCCACGUCACAAAUGGAGUCUAGUAGUAGAUGUCGUUGGCGACUUUGUAACAGAGUGUUUAUGAUGUAAACCUAUGCAUAGACAUAAAUUUAGCACUUGUAGCAGUUAUUGGAAUUGUACUUGUAUUCAGUACACAGAUGCAAAAACAUUGUCUGUGCUAGAGCUCAAAGGUUACACUGACGAAGACUGGUGUCUGUCGGCUCCAUUGACCACUGACAUGAGAGUUUGUUACUUCAACUCCGAGUAAACUAUCCCUGACUGAUCCUUGUGAGAUGCUUUAUCUGGAAGAACCCCUAGUCCCAUGCAAGUCCCUGUAGUACCUGACAGCAUCCCAGUUGUUUUGAAUGCAAAGAAGUAAGUAUUUAUUACUUACCGCAGUAGUUGAAGAAUUAGCACACGUUAGCGCUUCUGUGAUGUGUAACGGACAUUGUGACACAAACAGAUUUGUCUGUUUCCAUCUUUUCACGGGGUUUUCUCAAGUUUGUGGGGCACAGGUUCAUCACUUUACUUCAUCAUCGUUCUGUCAUGCCUUCGUCUAGUCUCUUCCUUCCUCUCUUGACGUUAUGGAAUCAUGAAAAUGCCACUUCAUACAUGCAACUUUGACCCACCUGUUGUAAAUGUCGAUGCAGUAUUAGAUAGCAACACACUUCUACUUCAUCUUCUCCUUUUGCUCCUGAGGAUUGGCGCGGCGCUUGCACGAUCAUAUAUGAUCAACCAAAUAUAUCGUCAACCUCAGCUGUUCUUGUGAAUCUGACUUUCUUCUGUCAGGGAGAAUUUCUAGUGUAAAUAAUCCCAAGUGUUUGUAAAUGAUAACACUGGUGUACAUUUGAGCUGGCUGUUAGCUUUGUGAGCUCUGUGAUGCUAAACACAUGAUGUAUAGUACGGUGACAAGAUAGAGUGUGCGUGUAUUUAUUGAUGUGGAGUGAGAAUGAUGAUGAUCCACUAGCAUGGCCUCUACCUCAACGUCUCGGAGUAGCAGUUUCCUGGUUUUUCCCCUGCAAACAGAAGGCUACUGCAGUAUUCAUGGAAGAAACCUGGAUAGUUUCCAUCAUAGACUGCGCAACUGAACUCACUUUAGCCAAUACCUGUUCGGUUUCACAAUCCUGCAGCUGGCAGAGAUAUCUCCAUUGAAAAGUCUUGAUAGGCAUCUGAUUCCUUCAGUUUCCUUGGUUAUUGUGUGGCAGAUAGAGCUGGUAGCCGUUCAUGGUUUAGAAAUUAAAGCGCCAGCAUUUUGCAGAUGCGGUCAAUCAUGAAACGUUUGUUUGGCGGUCGACCUCGAUGGAUUUAUUUCAUGUCAUUCUCUAAAUCUAGAAAGCUUAGUUAGGACUGUUCUUUACUAACAGAUGUAAAACCGUAAAGUACAAAUAUGCGUUUUCAUAAUGAUUGGUCGUUAAGACCUUUUUAAUUAGGUACAGGUCUGAAAACACACAUAAACAGCUUAAAGCCAGGUGUGUUCAAGUAAUUUGUUUCGUCUUUAGAAGAGAAAUGAAGGGCUUUAUGAAGAUGUGAAACGAGGCCAUGCUAUGCGUGAAUUAUGUAUGCAAGAAAAUGAUACUGAAUAUAGCAUCGUCACAUCUUUCAUCUCUCCUAGUUGUGUUUUAGACAUUUGUGGUUCAGCCUUCUUGUUAUCAAAGCAGUCUGCACCGGCCCCAUCCAAGCCUGGCAUAACCUUGUUUUAUAGCCCAGAAAACGCAUGGGAAAUGCCUGGCCUAAAUCUCUGCCUUUUGUAUAUGAUGCACAUUUGUGAUACUGUAUGUAGACUGGCUAAAGGAACUUAUGCCCACAUUGUACAGUAUGUAUAUAUUCAAUUAAAAUGCACAAUUAAUACAAAAAACAUGGUGUAGAUAUGGAGCCUGUGCAGCAGCCGCAGCAGCAGCAGCAGCAGCAGCAGCUACAGUUGUUAUUUGUUUGUCUCCACGUUAUGCCGCUGCAGCCGCCACCAAGUUAUUAUAUUAUGUACAGCGUAUUCUAACUUGAGACAGUUGCUGUCUGUUUAUACUGUGUAGCUGCUGCUAUUAUUCGCAUUAUGACAGUGCUAUUUGUUUUGAAGUGCUGAACAUGUACAAAUCUGACAGUGUUGCUGAUUUUAUGUUAAUUACCAUGUUUUGUAUAAUUUGAUGAAUUCACAAGGCCCCCUCUGAUGUUUCAAAGAUGGAUGCACCUUCCAUAAUUGUUGUUGGUAUAUUUGGUUGGAUGCCACAUAACCAUGGUAACAGAGGUGAUGAAAGGAGGAUGAGAAGUCUGGUUUCUCCAGAACCAUAUUUGGAACUAUUUCUACCUGGUGAACGUGUUGGCUCCAAUAUUUAGUCCAUAUUGAUAUGUUGUUUAAUAUCCUCAUUCAAGUCAUGUUCUAGUUCAUGUUGAUUCCGGGGCCGUGGUGUAGCCUAGUGGUUAAAGCGUUUGCUUGUCAUGCUGAAGGCCCGAGUUCGAUUGCCUACAUGGGUACAAUGUGUGGAGCCUAGUUCUGGAGUCCACCCCAGUGAUAUUGCUAAACAUGCUAGAAGCGGCAUAAAACCAUACUCACUCACUCACUUUGAUUCCAGUGUGAAAGCUGAGAAUGAAUAACCUUGUAAUAUUUAAACCAAUAGUCAACAAGAUGUCAUCUAAUUGCAUAAACCGCUCUUGAUUAGCAUAGUUUUUAUAUUUUGGGAUGAUAUUAAACAUCAAAUAAAGAUGUGGUCUCCUACCUACUACCACCACCUGCACCCAAGUGCACAUCCAUGAAAUAGAUCAGUAACAAGUAAGUUCCAUGUGCACACAGCCGUAUUUACCUAUGCUGGUAACUACUUGUUCAUAAUAAUGCACGUAAUGUACUUAACUAGAGGAAAGAUCUCUUACAAAUACACCAUUCGGACCUACUGUUAAGGAUGUUGGAGAACAAUGCCCCAGAGAAAUGCCAUGAUUUCUGCAGUUAUGCAAUCUUCGUGGAUUUUUGUUAUGAGAUUUUGCAAUUGUUGGAGGGGGCCUUGCAUGCUGAUGUUGUUAAUGUUGAAUGGACUUUCAAUGGCUGAAGUCAAGACAGGCUGAAUGUUAUUAAGUUCUCUGUGUUUUCAGUAUUUGUGGGUUUUAGCCAUUGUUGGUUCCAGUAAUGCAGUAUGCUUAUGUUAGCAUUUCCUUCAGUGCUUUCCAUGUUGAGAAGCAUACUCCAAUUGUGGUGAUUAGCAUGUGUAAAUAAUGUCAAUUUGUGUGAAUGGCCCUUUGAGGAUACUUCCCCCUAUAUUGUCAACAUGGCACGCUCCAAGUGUAACAGUGGGCCGUACCAUUUUGACGUAUGGGUUGUGGGUUUGAAAGAUGUUUCCUGCAUUUGAUGGAGACGAUAUUGUAAACGGCUGCCAGAGAACUCCCUUAACCCAGAAAUGUUUCAUUUGGUAUGAUCCGUUUGAAAAGGAUCAGGCCAUAUGAAUAGGAGGGGUAUGAAAUGGGGAUUCCCCUGCCCAAGGGGAGAUAAGGACAUGUGCUUUCAGGACCGUUGUAUGUGUAUGUUGACUACAGUGUAAAUCAUAAUAUUUUCACAUUUAGCUUAAAUUAUUUUAUAAAGAAAUUCCAACUGCAUUGACAUAAUGUUGUGCACAGUGUUUGACUUUGUACAGAAACAAAAAAAGAAUAAAUUACUUAGAAUUACAA